AUGUCUAUCGAGCUUCCUCCCGACCAUCUCGAGGUCCUUGCCCUCCGCAACCGCAUUCAGCAUGUUGCAGAGGAGAAUAAAUAUGUGAAUGAUGAAAAUGAUCAUCUUCGUGAAAACAACGGCGAGCUCGCGUUAGAGAAUGACGAGCUCAAGAAGGGUCUCGCUCUGGCGGAGCAACGACUCGAGCGCGUGACCGACUUUUGGCGGUCCGCCGAGGAGGAACUCACAAAGCAAAUUGCUAUCAACGAGGACCUAACCAAGCAGCUCGAGGCU